UUUGGCUGUAAUAAAAGUGGCUGAAGAGGAGGGAGUCAUGAAAAAGAUGGUGGUGUCAUACGAAGAGUAAAAGCAGCUUUAAUCUCCACUGGUUCUGGAUGGCACUUCUCUGCUGUCCUUGCUCUCAGCCCAGCUGUCGUCCCUCACAGCGACCCUUGCUCACUCAUUCCUUCAUCGGCCCAUUUGCCUCGCUUUUCCUUCCAUCUUGUCUCGCCUCCUCUUUCACCAGCCUCUUUCUUCUGCUUUACGCCACUAAUACUGUCAAAUAUAAGACUUCCACGCCAGACUUCCACAUACAUUUCCUGUACGCUUCCCUCAACCCGUAUGUUUACUCUCCCUCCUUUUUUUCUGCAUUCAAUCGCCUCUUGUUCCCUCCCUCCUUUUCCUCCAUGAGACACACGCUGUUAUACCCGGUCAUUCUCACAGACACACAGAGGCAGGAACAGAAUACCGGGACUUGAAGAGCGGAUUUUUUUUCUCCCAUUUUGAAUGAAACGGAGCUUGAAAAGCGAGAUUCAGGCAGAAGGGCGAGCUACAGUUUCUCUGCCCUGGGGACUUGCUGAGCCAUGCGAGGCAGAGAAAGAGAAUACAGCGGCAAAGUCAGGGAGGUGUGAUACGACCAGACUGAGGCAAGAAUGAAAAUGUGAGACAGAUGGAGGGCAGAGGCAGACAGACAGGCUGAAGAUCGACUCUCUAGUGUCACAUGGAGACGGCCACCUCUCGUCCAGCCAGAUGACUGUCCUGCCAUUUUGUCUGGUCAUGGCAAACAGAGGACGCAGCAGCCACCGCAGCAGCAGCCGCUUCACUCAUCUGGGCGUCGCUGUUGAGGAACCGGCUGGUGUAGGUCACCUGACCGUUUUCGAUCCUGAAGCGGUGCAGCAUCGCCAUCCCGUCGAACCAGUGGUUGAAGCUGCGGCAGGGAAGAAGAAGACAGGGCCGUUGCGAAGAAGGCUGCCGUGGAUCCAGGCUGGGAUGCUUCCCUGGAUCUCAGCAGUGACGGGCUCGAGGGUCUCCUUGGUGCUCUGGAUCAGAGGGGCGAUGGACUCCAGUCCGUUCAGAACUAGUAAGGUGUUUUUCUUGGUCUCAUUGGUGACAACAGAUGUUUCGCUUUCUGCAACAGAAGAGUGUCAUGUGAGGAGCCCAGUCAUUGGGGAGAGACUCAGAGUAGAACCACUGCUCCUCUACAUUGAGAGAAGCCAGUAGACGACGCCUCUGAGGUGAGGUGCAGCGGGCUUGUCCAAGUGGGUGGAGACCCAGGGGCAGACCCAGGACUGCAUCACUCUGUAGUCCUCCAGUAUACCCUGGUGUUCCCCAUCUACUUGGGGUUAGGAGGACGGGACACCCUGAACAAGUCUCCUCAUCUGAAAGCAUCCAGCUUCAGUGGAAUUUAACUCACCGCCUCGUUGCUGCAGGACGAACCCCGGCCCAGAAUUUCUCUAGAAACCUCUUGAAGUGAACCACCAGUGUGUCCACUGAGACUCUCUAUCGGCCUCCACUUUGUUAGACCAGUCCAGCAACCGUACGAGGAGGUCCUUCCUCACCAGAGCCUCCUCAUCUGGCUCCCCUCAUCGAGUUUCUCUGAGACAAUGACUAGAUGGAAGAUCGACCAGUCCGUGUCUGGGAUUAAGGAUUGAAUCACAAGUGCACAUGUUUAACAAUGAUUUGAACUUGCAUUCUGUCGCCAAGAACGGAGGUAUCGAGAGGUGAUGAACCUUCAGCUCUGGGUCGAGCUGCCAUCAGGUCAGGAGUGAAUGAUCUACAGAUUCAUCACCGAGUCCUGCUCAAUAGCACGGCAGUUGUCUGCAGCUUGUGUCAGUGUUUCAAGUAUUCGCCGUCGGAAAUUCCUUUGUGCCACUCGAAACAGCUGUGUUUUUUAUAAGAAUGUUUUCGAUGUGGCCGUUGUUCGGCGUAACUAAAGUGUUGCGAGCGUAUGUGCUCUCACAGUCUCACCCACUUGUUUGUGCGACACUCUAGCUGAAGCUCAAGUUUCCACGGGCCUGCAAGGUACGAGCACCUGGGUGAAGUUCACAUCGCCAACUGGAGAACUGCAUCGGAAGACGACAGUGCAAACUUUCUUUCUUUCUCUCACAAUCGUUACGUUUCCUGGGGGCCACGUUCAACGCCAGCAACGAAGGAAAUGAGUCAGACAAUGUCAAUGAGGGGGAAACUAGCAAGUGACAUGAAAAAAUAUGGAUAAUACACUAACAGGGCUGUUGACAGAUCGACAUUUUUAAUCCUACUUAAUUGCGCUACAGAGUUAACUCGCGAUUAUUCGCAAAUUAGUCACACUUUUUUAUCUGUUAAGAAUGUAACUUAAAGGAAAAAAUUCUCAACGUGUGUUUAAUUUGCGAUUAAUCAUGAGUAAAUUGCGAUUUAGUGCGAUCAAAUGAGAUUACAUGUUCAUCUAUUGACAGCUCUGUAAAAUAUUGAUUAUUGAUGUCACUUCAGUUUGAUGUUUUUUCUUUUAUAUUCUCAACAACUACUUCGAUUUUUUUUUCUUACUAGUUUUGAAGUUCAGUUAGAAAGGACUUGACUUGGCGUGUGUGUCUGUGUGUGUGUGUGUGUGUGUGUGUGUGUGUGUGUGUGUGUGUGUGUGUGUGUGUGUGUGUGUGUGUGUAUAAUUUAAUGUAUGCAUUAAAACAAGCCAGUACGAAUGAUGGGUGAGGGAAUUAAAAGUCAAAUAAGUCCGUCAACAAGUCCUAUUUAGAAGAGAAACGUGCUGCCAGGUUUCGGCUCAGAGCUCAGGAACGUUCUGAUCAGCUUUAUAGUUUGUCUCCGGCUGGAUUCCUCCACUAACGAGCGGCGUCUGACUCUGAUUACAGCGGCGGGAGAGCAGCUCUCGCCGGUUGGUUCGGUGGCUUCAGCCCACCGCUACUGCGCAUCUGCCCCCCGCGUCCUGCAGCGCCGCACGCGCGGGUCCAAUGCAGCUCGGGGAAGAAUGCGUGAUCCAGCGCGCCAGAGGGUCACGUGCCGCCCGUGCCCGGUUGAGGACGGCGGGCACCGCGGUUUGAAUGUUGUCAGCAGUUGUGUAACACUGGCAGAGGGACUCGGUUACAGAGGCUCUGAUGUGCGACUCGGGGAGGAACACGGUGUCCCGGGCUCACUGGCCGCGCAGAAGGCGAUUUAAAAAAAAACGACAAACAAUAUGCCAACGUGCGUGAGAAUCCACCAGACUGACUGGAGGCUUUCCAAAAGCGCGAGCCGGACUCACCUGGAGCGGCGCGGCGGAGCGGAGACAUGGUGACCUGAUGGACGCCGUGAGCAUCUGCUCCACCAUCCGAGGCGCGCGACGCUGCUCCCCACGCCAGAGCCGUAUUACAUAACCGUGUGACGUAACGUGGGCAUCGGGCGCGCAUGUGCGCACGGCGCCAUCCUCUAUUAUAAACUGUAUUUUCAUCUGCUGACGUCACCGAGCUGCGCCGAGCGGUCCAGCAGGUUUUGUCACACGUACAGUGACAGUACCUCAAGAGGGAGACACGCUGUACCAGAUACUUGAGCUCAACACCGAGCUGGAGAUGGAAACGGCACUGUCCCUCACCCAGAGAGAGAGAGAGGCAGACAGAUAGACAGAUAGAUAGAUACAUAGAUAGAUGGAUGGAUGGAUAGAUAGAUAGAUAGAUAGAUAGAUAGAACUCAUGAAUUCAGGAAAUAAAUGUUUUUACUUCAUCAAUGUAACCGAGUGUGUAUGAAAGUUGCAAUAUUAAUUGGACUAAAGUAGAUUAACUUUUACUGAAUUAGCAUUGAUAACUCGUUAUGAUUGAAUUGUCUUAGGUGCACCUGCUCUGCAGUUCUAGUUUCCGCCAGCAGAUGGUGCUCGGCGGUCGCGGAGCUGGUGCUGAUAAACGUCACCUGCUGUGCCGUUCACAUUGGCGCAUCUUUGAAGAGGUUUUAUGACUUAUACUUUUACUGUUAUGCUUCCUGCUGUUGUCUUUGCUCUGAAAUGUAAUGUUGCGUGUCAAAUGAAGCCACUUGCAGCCGACACAGGCUCUUUAAGUCUCCCUGACUAGCUGAUCCAGAUAAUCUUUGUUGGAGGAUUAAAGUGACUGCAGGACGACUUUAUGCCGCUCUGCAAACACCAAGGUGCCUUUCCUCCCCUUGCUGUGUGUGCUGCACGACGACGGUCCCUGCUGGCUGCGAUGCCUCCGCCUCCGAGCUCCAGGUGCCGGGGCCUGGCAGAGUUCCUGGGUCAGCGGCGUGUGUUGGGGUUCGGGGCCCUGCUGACGUGGCUGAUCCUCUUCCACCUGCUGGUCAACGUCUGGCUGCUGUGCAUCUUCACCAGCCUCCUGGUCGUGCUGGGCAGCUGGCUGGGCUCCCGCGCCCUGCUGGACGCCAACCGUCUUCUCCACCUGGAGCACUUCCUGCCCCUCAGCAAGGCCAGCCUCCUGCCGGCCUCGGUGGAGCACGAGUGGCGGCUCAACCACGAGAUCCACAGCGCCGUGCACAAGGCGGUGCGGGAUUUCGUGUCGUCGUGGUACCGGACGCUGCUGCCGGGCGCGGAGGGGGAGUUCGAGCAGGCCGUGCGCGGUCUGAUGCUGGAGGCGGUGAUGGAACUGAAGGAGCGGGCGCGGCAGGUGGACAGGCGGGCUCUGGUCCAGGCGCUGCUGGAGCUGUAUGGCGGGCACCUGCAGAGCUACAUGGCGGCCAAGCGCAUCCAGGCCACGCACAAGGGCCACCUCCAGCUGUGGCAGGUCUACAGGGAGGUGGACCGUCCGCACCCUGCUGUGAGCAGUGAAGCCGCCGAGCUCAGCUACUCCCGGGCGCUGGUCAACCUUGUCCUCCAUGUUCUGGUGCCGUACCCUCAGCUGGAGACUCGGACCGGAGCCUACAUGGUCACAGAGCUGGUCACGUGCAACGUGAUGCUGCCCCUCAUUGGCAGGGUGUCUGACCCAGACUGGCUCAACCAGACCAUCGUGGACCUGUUCACCAAGGCCAGGGAGCCACAGGAGAUCCCAAGGUCCGAUGGAAGCCUGUACCGAAGCCCUGCUGCUGAAGACUCCUGGUCCACGUGUCGGUCACUGUCCUCAUCUGACCACACCGGCCUCAGCAACAGCAGCAGCUCUGACCUGGAGGGGCUGCAGAGCUCCGCCUCCCAGGGCAGUAUGUUGAGCCUGACCUCUGCUGGUGAGGUCCAAACACGUCACCGAGGUCUGCUCACGCCAUGCGAGGUCAACUGCUGCUCACUUGCUACUGGAACGUUCUCCUCAGAGUCCCAGGUUGCGUCUCUGGACUGGCUGGCUCAGUCGGACUCAGAGGACGACACCGGUCGCUACUGCGACUGCAGCCCCUCGCCCAACCUCUGCCUGAACCUGAAGGAUGACGGGGACUACGGCUGUUUCGCUCCGCUGAAGAGUCUCGGACCCAAGGUGAUCGUUCCUGAGGAUCUUCUGUGGCCCGCAGCUAACGGACAAGGCAAGGCCUCGCCCAGCUCCUCUGGAAGGUCAUGCCUCACCUCCUGCAGCUUUGACUCCCCCAGCAGCUCCUUCAGCAUCCGAAACGUGGAGAUAGUGGGUACAGUCACGGCCAAGGAGCAGCGUGGCUCCACACACCCGUCCACGCUGUACACGGUCAAGUUUGAGACGGCAGCUGAACCUGAAGACGGCGCGGCCCGGCCUGUGACCUGUCACUCGGUCAACCGCAGGUACAGCGAGUUCCUCAACCUGCAAACGCGACUGGAGGAGAAGCCUGACGUGAAGAAGUUCAUCAAGAGUGUCAAGGGGCCAAAGAGGAUUUUCCCCGACCUGCCAUUCGGCUCCGCAGACAGUGAGAGGGUGGAAGCCCGGCGAGGCCAGCUGGACAUUUUUCUAAAGCAACUCAGCAGCAUUCCUGAAACAGCCAACAGCGAAGACAUGCAGGAGUUCCUGGCUCUCAACUCAGACGGCAGCACCUACUUUGGAAGAAAACCUUUCGUCAAGUCGAGAAUCGAUAAGAUGAUGGAAAAUGCUCUGGACACGCUGAAGACGGCGUUUCCUCACCCCGAGCCUCUCAGUCCGAUGGAGGAGUUCGAUGGCGAUGCAGACGGGAGGACGAUGGACAACAGGAAGUACAGGAGGCUGUUCCCGAGCAAGGUCUCUCCGUCUCUCAACAUCCCCGACCUACUUCCCAGAGUCUCGUACUGCUACAGCGAGGGCAGCACUGUGCUGAACGGCAUGUCGCUCACUGGACUGGAGAACUUUGUCCAGGAGCAGGAGCGACUUCUGUGCCAGCCUGGUGUGAAGGAGAAGGCCAAGCAGAGUUGUGAGCGGCAGCUGAAGGAGAAGAGGAGCUCAGCGAAGCCUCAUGGGACGGACACAGCUGUUGCUGAUGUUGCUCUGAACAUCUUGUGCCUGCUGAUGAAGGACCAGUGGAGCUGGCUGUGCACCGAGAACAUCCAGAAAACCAUCCGGCUGCUCUUCGGCACGUUCAUCGAGAGGUGGCUGGAGGUGGGCGUGGACCACCUCACCAGCGCCCCCUGCUGGGUGAUCUACCUGCAGGUGCUGCAGGAGGCGGUGUGGCCGGGGGGCACGCUGCCCACCCAGCCGCCGCCCGAGCGCAGCGCCCAGGAGAGAGAGAGCACGCGGCUGCGCUGCCUGGAAUGUCUGCUGCAGCUGCUCCCAGAGCUGGUCACGGACGUGCUGGGCAGCGACAAGUACCGUCUGAGUCUGGAGACCAUGUUGGAGUCUGUGCAGGACCAUCACAUCAACAAGCACCUGAUCUUCUGCCUCUGCGGCCUCCUGCUGGAGUUUCUCAUCCCGGAGUCAUGUGACCCGGACUUCCAGAAGUGUCUGCUGCAGAGUCUGAGCGAAGACACCGAGAGGGUCCUCGCAACACUGGGCUGAGUGGAGCUACUGCCGCUGACCCCCGUCUGACCUUGCAACCGCCUGCGUCAGAGAGCAGCUCAGUUCUGCAGCAGCGUUUAACGGCUUCCAGGCUUCACACUCGAGCAGCAGUCUGGGAGGAAAUCUGAGAAAACUUCUUCUGUUAUCAGUGAGGAGAAAGCAAAACAUUCUUAUUCCAUCAUCUCAUGUAAAUGGUUUGUAUGCAUCUUGCUUUAUAUUUAAUAAAAUA